AUGCCGAAGAAGAUGGGGAUCAAUAGCAAGGCGGAAGCUGCCAGAACGCGGAGGAGCGAGGCGGAGUCCGAUAGGAAGGAGAAGGUAACCCGCGAGAAGGAGGAACAGUACUGGAAGGAGGCGGAGGGAUCCAAGUCCCGCGCCGCGAAGAAGCGCGAGGAUGAGGCGGAGAAGCGCGCUGAGAUCGCUGCUCGCAAGGCGGAGAACCGCAAGCUCGCUGAGAUGGAGCAGCAGGAGAUCGAGCGGGCUAUGAGGAAGCCUGACAAGAAGGUCGGGCGUGUGUCUAUACCCGUUCCCAAAGUUACCGAGGCUGAUCUGCGGCGCCUACGGGAGGAGGAGCACCUCCGUCUUCAGAGGGAAGCUGAAGCCGCCAAGAAGAAGCAGAUUCGGACGACGGAAGAAGAGGAAUACGAGAGGAUGGUUCUGGUGAACAACACCAACAGGGACGACUCAUUAAUCGAGGCUCACAGUGUGGAGGAAGCUAUCGCGAAGAUUUCUGUGGCUGAACCAGCAGUGCUUGCCGAUCGGCACCCAGAGAGGAGACUGAAGGCUUCCUUCAAGGUAACUGAAAGCGUACAAGCUUUUUCUUCACGUUCUGCCGCGGACUUUCCUGCAAUCGGAAAAGGACUGGAGCAUUUGCCAUUCGAUUCAGUUACCGUUGAUGGAUUAGUUUCUCGGGCUGCUGAAUUUUUACGUUUUUUCUCCGUUGACUAUAUAUUAACGUUUGAUUGUGAAUGCCUUUUAUGAUGACGUUCUGAGCACUGUGUUUGACAAAAAAAUGUUACUGCAUCAUGGAUUUGGGGACCCAGAAUAGGUGGCACAUAAGGGAGGUAAGUGUGGCACCCACAUUGAAUAAGUAUUCAGGAAAUGAAGUCCUCAUGUUCCCAUGGGAGGUAAAAACAUGAAAGCUUGUUGGGUGGGGAAAAGGAAGAUAACUAAAGAUGCAUUAGCCAUAUACAAGUUGCUAACUAAGAAGGCGUGUUCCGCUUCCUUGAUAAGUUUAAGAGGUGAUUCUUCAAUUCUGGGAUGAAUUUAAUGCAUCUGAUGACUGAGAAGAAGAAUCAUGUUUCCAAACUUCAAUUCAGGUGCUCUUGUAAUGCACCACAUACAAGAGCGCGUUUUAGAUGUCAUUUUUUGUUUUUCUCAAAAAAAAUAGUUCUUAGUUUUAUUUUAAAUUCCUGGAGUUCAGUGUUUCCCCAGUGAUAAGAAUUCCUGACGAUUCUCGGACGAAUUUAUCAUUUUUUUGGAAAUAUAUACCUCGUGGAUUAGUCGGUGUUUUCUCCAUGUGUGAGGCAGGACUCGCCUCGCUUUCUAUUUGCUCCAGUAGAGUCCCAGCUUUUGUUGUUGCUUUGACAGAGAGAAUACACUGGUAAAGGAUCGAUUUAUCGCUCUACUCUUUCCUGGGGGGUUGCCAAAAAUGUAAAAUGGCAGUAGGACGGUGAUUGAGAGGAUGUGUUAAUCAAUUAUUGCUAUCGUAUGUUAUCCUGUAUAUCUACGCCUUAGUGGUCGUUUCCUUUGGUUGAGGAAGAUCCUCGCUGUGUAUCAAUAGAUCACAGUAGGUAGGGACUUGGAAGGAACCAUUGGCAAUGGAAAAAGAACAGCCAGCUAUAGGGUUCCUGCUGCUCAGUUGGGUAUAUGAGAGGGAAGAUCACAACGGUUGUUGUUGUGCAGACUGGGAACCAUCAGAUAAGUUAGAAUACUUUUGCCAUUGGUGCUGGCCCGCAUCGACACAGUUGGAUAAUUUUGCACUUAAGCACUAAAUGACUGCAAUUGACAGACAGUGGCCUUUAUUGAAGGUCCCCGUCAUUAGUAAGCAUUGUACACUGUUGAGGGAAUGAGAAUAGCCUAUCAAAGGGCUGUGGAAAGGUCCUAGCAAUUGGGAAGGUGUGUGCGGAGGGAGGUCCCUGCAGGGAUGGUAAAAAAAAUGGGGAUUGCCACAGAAGGUAGUUUAGCCAGCUACAGCUGGUGUUUAUGUCUCUAAGUUCAAAUAUUUUCUUUAAGUUAUUGCGAAAUUUUCAUAAACUUGAUAUUUUUACGUGCGAAUGAAUGGCCACCGGGGUUUUUCUGCAAAUAUUUGUGCAUGUCAUCGAUGGGCGGGGUUCUUACGUCACUUCUGAUAGUUGAUUCUUAUAAUUAUAGUUUUGCUAGCUUUUCUUCAACCUCUUUCAGUGUGUAAUUCUUGGUUCUUCUGUCAUCCUCACAUUUGUUGUUAUAGUUUUUUAUGAGUUAUACUCUUUAUAGCCAUUGAGUGGUUCAUUUUUCAAUACAAAUUACUUAUAAGCAGAAGAUUUGAUUAAUUGAAAAUUUCACACAGGCCUUUGAAGAGGCAGAGCUUCCCAAAUUGAAGGAAGAGAAACCCGGGCUUACUCUCACCCAGUACAGAGAUAUGAUAUGGAAACUAUGGCAGAGAUCUCCAGACAACCCUCUGAAUAGACAGGUACCACUAAAUUCUACGAGUACCUGUCCAUCCUUGCAUUUUUCUCAAAUUCAGCUCUUCUGCUGGGAAACCCGAUUCAGUUACCUUCACAAUUCUUUUAUUUCAGCCUCGGUUCUUGUGUGUAUUGAAUCUAUUAACAGCUCUUUCUUUAUUUUUCUUUCCUCUGCUGUUGAUUCUGUUUGUUGCCUUCCUACUCCUUCAAGAGGGGCUAUUUGUUGCACAGUUGAUAAGAUACUUAGGGGAGUUCUCAUUGGCUGUGUUCACAGGUUGCGGACUGAUUCGUCAUAA